AUGCCGUUGGUGCUCUGUCGCCACCUAUCGGUCUGCUGUCACAUUGCGGCCGGUGGAUUGGAGGUGCGUGAACAUCUGCUGCGUGAUUCGAUCCACGGCACAGGAAAAGCUAUGCCUCAAACUGGGACAAACCUUGUUUGUAGAAAGGGAGGAUUACGUCGCGGCACCUGUAAAGACUUCAGUCUCAGUGAUCAGGUCCUGGAUACAGAUUCGGUUGAUGGCACAGUCAGUGAGAGGACACCAUCUGGCACUCAUAAUGGCACCAAACCACCACGCAUGGUCAAUGGUUACAUAAAACAUGGGUUUAGUGGCAAGACUACCAAAGCAUUACCUGCAUGGACUCACAAGAAACAUGAAAACAGGAUUUCAUCUGUUCCUGAUAAGUCAGCAGCUGCUGGGGUCAGCGGUGCGGGUCUUGGAUCCAGGGCCUCAGUAAAUGGAGCUGCCAGACCUGACAGUGGUUUGUGUGCUGACCAGGUUUCACUAGAGCCUGGUCAAACAGCUGCAAAGAAGACCCAGAAAAGAAAAAAGAUAUACAGACAUAGGAAGAGAGACAGUGAGAAGACCUUUCCUACACUUCCAUUAAUGCCACCACAACAGGAGGAAGACUGGGAAAAUGACAUUCAAGAUGUCACCUUCACUGGCAUGGAAAAUAUGUGUUUUGGGAUUUCACCCUACGGCCCAGAGGAUAUCCUUAACUUUGAUUUGCGGGAUUUGACACUGAAGCAAACAGAUACAGUUCCCCCGCCAGUGACAGCCAAUUACAGCCCGACCAUACACCACCCAUGCCCUCUCAAAUGGUCCCAGUACAGAUGUCCCUCUGAGCCCGACCAGUUUGCAGACGCUGAAGAAUGAGCCAGACGUUCACAGUUGUGUUCCAGAAAUGGUAGAAAUCAGAGUUCAGCUAAUGAGUUCUUAUGACUGUUUGUAGGAUGCUGGAUGUUAGUGUUCGUAUUUAGCAUAUUUGUUUAACAAAACACCAGCAUCUGUUUCAUCUAAAAUAUUAGGAAUUCAUUAUAAAAUAUCGUUUAGGUUCUGAAAAACUCUAAAUUCAUUUCAGUUCUCAUUCAUGUAGGUCAAUUAUUAUGGGGUGGAAACUAGGUUUCAUUUGUUUUUUUAACAUAGUUUUUAUUUAUGAAUUUUACAUUCAGGUUUUAUAUUUCUUUUAGUAUGACAUAAAUUUGUCAGGCGUUUGAUCUUGAGAGAUGGUUAUAGUUAUACUUGCUGUUCUGUUGCUCUAGCAACUGUUAGUAUUGACAAUUGUCACACGUUAACUGUUUGUACAUUUCAUAUUAUUUGUCCCUAGAAUUUCACAAAUAGUUUUUAUCAGUGUAGGUUUUUUUUGUUUUAAAAUAGCUGAAAUGUUGCCAUGAUAAGUUGCUCUUUGAAUAUGUACAACUUCAUAACAGCAAUACCAAGUAAUGCCUUUAGGUUGACAGCCACAGCACAGUCAAAUUUAACAACAAAAAAAAAAAAUUACAGUAAUAA